AUGGCUUCCGAGACAGCGACCCGUGGAAAUGUACUCCAGGCUGGCAUUGUUGGCGCCGGUGUGGCUGGACUCAGUGCUGCUAUCGCCCUGAGGAAGAUUGGUCUCGACGUGGAGGUCUUUGAGCGUUCUCAAUUCAAGAACGAAAAUGGCGCUGCCGUUUCUAUUACGCCGAAUGGCGGUCGAAUUCUCGAGUACUGGGGAUUCGACCCUGUCAAGGCUGGCGGCAUUGAAAAUAUUCAGGUCCGUCGACCAAAGGGUGACACUCUCGAACCGAUGGCUCCGACCUUGAACUUCACGCAUGUUGAAAAGCAAUUCGGCCAUAAAUGGUAUUUUUAUCAUCGAGUUGACAUGCAUCGACAUCUCCGAGAGAAAGCUGGCGCCGAUGGGGCUGUCAUCCGCCUGGGAAAUCAAGUUAUGGACGUUGACCCGGAAACUGGAAUCAUUGACUUGAAAGAUGGCACACAAGUGCAAAAAGAUCUCGUCAUCAUUGCUGAUGGCCAACAUGAUCGUUUAAAUGCCAAAAUUACGGGAAAGGAGGUCCCCAUGAAGAGGAGCGGCCAGACAGCGUAUCGUUGCCUCAUCCCCAUGAAGGAUAUCCUGGCCGAUGAGGAAACCAAAUUCCUGUUCGAGGAUGAGCCACCCGGCUUCUGGGCCCCUGCAUUGCCGCCCAAGGGCGUCAUGGCCGUGACGUACCCCUGCAGAGACAAUACCAUCCUCAACGUGCUGGCCGUUCACCGUAAACUGGGCCAGCAUGCGACCAGUGAAGAGGACGUGAUUAUCGACGACUGGAAUUUCCCCGCGACCCACGAAGAUCUGGAAAAGGUUCUGGACGGUUUCCAUCCAAGUGUGAAGAAGGUCUUCUUGAAAUCACCCGAAGUCAAGGUCUACACGCAAAUGAAGCGCGAUCCCUUGAACAAGAUGACCAAGGGCAAGGCUGUCAUCAUUGGGGAUGCCUGCCAUCCCAUGCUUCUGACUCACGCGCAGGGCGUCUCUUCCUCGAUCGAAGACGCGGCUGCCCUGGAAAUUUUCCUUGCCGACGUUCCUCCUUCUGAGGGAGUUACGUCUGCACCCUCUGAGAAAUUGCUGCAGCGCUUGGAGCAAUUUGAAAAGUUCCGCUUACCCAGGGUAUCGGCGACGCAAAUUUUGACAGAUCCGGUGGUUCCUGGCCCACAAGCGGCAGCCAACUAUGCCAAACAAGAGGCUGAGAUUCGCAAAUAUUAUUCCGGUCCUUUGCCCCCCACGGGCGCAAUGCCUCACAGCCCGCCCAUUUGCGAAUUCUUCUUCGCAUACGACGUGAGAAAGGAGGCCAUGAAAUUCCUCGAUGAGGCCAAUGGGGUAAAGACCAGUGGGUCAAAGACUAAUGGAACAGAACCGAAUGGGGUGACUGCUAAGAUUGCCGCCGUGGAGAAGAAGUUGGCCGAAAUGAGCACAUGA